CGUAUACAAUGUCCAAGAAACCUUUGCAGCAAGCCACCAUCAAGCCAUUCUGUUGGUAAUAGACAACGUCUGGAAGCACCGAGUCAUCAGAGAGGAUGCUAUCCGAGUCGGACUCGCUCCCCGACAGAGCAUCGUCGUCCUCAUCGGGGCCUGAGCCCAGGUGGACGUCCUUUGCUGCAGUGGCCAUCUUCCAGCAGCAGAACAGGAAUUGAAAACCCCCCAAAAUGCUGCGGCUCAUCAGAUAAUCUAUAUGUCACGGGAUUCGUGCCCUCACCCGUGGAUUUCCCCCCAAAGCACCAAGGAUCAGCCAAUACCAAGGUUCUGUUCAGUAACAUUCUUUAUUUAAUUCAGCAGACCGCAAGACUGCGCCUCUGCUCACUCCCUUUCCUUCCACUCUGUUAACAACUCUUUGCUGCUCUUUUAUGGGUGCAGCGUCAGCUGCUGACUUAUUGUCAAUCAGCCAGCAGCCAAGGCCAAUUAGAGACUCCACCGCCCUAGCUGCCACACUAUAUUAUCAAAUUAAUUUGUUUUAGAAAUAGGGGUGAUUUAAAACCAAUCAUAGUUUAAUUAUAAUUGGCCUUGGGAUCAUGACUUGUAGUAAUUUAGCUCAUGUGCUGUUACAAUUUUGCUGUUGUUUAUGUGGCAAAUAAAGCCCUGCUUUCUAUUUUUUAAGUGUUCUGUUUUAAGUACAUUUUCAAUUGAAAUUAACUUAAUUUAUUUAACGGACAGCAUCAGACUUCUUUGGCCUAGGAUUUGAAGUGGUCCUCCACUCUCCUGAUUAGUUUCGUCCUCUCAGUGACAUUCCUCAGAUAAGAUAAGAAACCGCUUAAGAUGAACCAAAAAUAGGAAAGAGAGAGAGGUGAAAUCUAGAAGAAAAGUGGUGUAAUUAGCUCAAUCACUCUUUUUGUUCCGUUAGUUCCUCCCUACUUCUAAAUCAGUCACACGUAUCCCUUUAAUACAGCUACAAAUAAAAGGCUUGUUGAAGGGGACAUUAUGUUUAUGAUCGAACUUUAACUUGUGAACUGUUUAAUCUGUCUUUUGUGUGAGGUUUCAGACACCAGCCCAGAGAGACUGUUGGAGAACCAGGACAUUCAGACGCAGUUCAAGUGGACCAGGAAGUCCAGUGAGGCUGCAGGAUGCAAAGUCUUGAGUCUAGCAGCAGCAGUGGAUCAUCAUGAGAGGGGGUCACCACCAGAGAGGCUGUGGGUGUCAGCACCUGUUCAGAAAACUUCUCAGCAAAUGUGGCUGCUGCUUUGUUGGAGUUCGAGUGGAGUCGUACUCUGUGGCGGCCAGUACCGGCAGCAUCACCCCAUCAGUGAGCCCUGUGCCCCAUCAGGCCUCCGGCAGCUCCAGCCCCUGCUCACACUCGUCUGGGGGAUCACGGCACCCUGUCAGCACUCUCAAGAAAUGGCUUACCAACCCUGUCCGCAAGCUGAGUUCUGAUGCCAGAGGAGGAGCGGGAAAAGUUGAGAAGCAGAUGUGCCGGUCAGACAGGAGGCAGCCUGCGUCGCUCCUUUCCCUCAGUGAAACUCAGCCAAGGCUUGUGGGUCCUCAGGUCAACGACGCCGUCCUCCCUUCAGGAGAUACGGUGGUGACAGAUGGUCUGUUGAGUCCUACAGCUCCUCCAACACAGAGCUACUUAUCUGACCUCCUGCAAGGCAGAGACACUCAGACUCCAUGUCACAGAUCCAGCAUCAACACUCUCCAAGGGGAAGACGGCUGCACUGUGACUGACGACUCAGCGAGCCAGUGGUCUGCGACAGUGGACAGUGAAGAGGAGAAAACCAUUGCCCUGGAGAAGAGCAUGUAUGUGCUGACGGAGCUGAUAGAGACCGAACGGUUGUAUGUGGAAGAUCUUGGACUCAUAGUACAGGGCUAUAUGUGCACUAUGGUCAAUCAAGGAGUUCCAGAGGACCUGAAAGGAAAGGACAGGAUUGUGUUUGGAAACAUCCAUCAGAUCUACGACUGGCAUAAGGAUUAUUUCCUGGGAGAGUUGGAGAAAUGUGUUGGUGAUCCAGACAGCCUGGCCCAGCUCUUCAUCAAACACGAGCGGCGUCUUCACAUGUAUGUGGUUUACUGUCAGAACAAACCCAAAUCAGAACACAUUGUCUCUGAGUUCAUUGAGACCUACUUUGAGUAUCUCAGGCAGCUGCUGGGUCACAGGUUGCAGCUCAAUGAUCUGCUCAUCAAACCUGUUCAGAGGAUCAUGAAGUAUCAACUCCUGCUGAAGGACUUCCUGAAGUACUACAGCAAAGCAGGAAGAGAUGUUGAGGAGCUGCAGAGGGCGGUGGAGGUGAUGUGUUUUGUUCCAAAACGCUGUAACGAUAUGAUGAAUGUGGGCAGGCUCCAAGGUUUUGAGGGUAAAAUCACGGCUCAGGGGAAGCUGCUGCAGCAGGAUACCUUCUCUGUCAGCGAGCCGGAAAGUGGCUUCCCGUCCAGAGCAAAGGAGAGGAGGGUCUUCCUGUUUGAGCAGCUCGUCAUCUUCAGUGAGCCAAUCGAUAAGAAAAAGGGCUUCUCUUUGCCCGGGUACACGUUUAAAAACAGCAUCAAGGUCAGCUGCUUGGGUGUGGAGGAGCACCAUGAGAAUAAUCCAUUCUGUCUGGUCUUGACCUCCCGCGGGACUGAUGCCAGUGUGACACGCUUCAUCAUGCAGGCGUCGUCUCCGGAAAUACAGCAAGCUUGGCUCGAUGACGUGGUCCAGAUCUUAGAGACUCAGAGGAACUUCCUUAAUGCCCUUCAGUCUCCAAUAGAGUACCAACGCAAGGAAAGCAAGUCCAACAGCCUGGGCAGGAACGUGAAGUCUCUAACUGCGUCAGCAUCUGGCCUGCGACCUCACUCCUCUGCAUCCAUGGAGCGACGCCAGCAGCCCUACAUGCUGUCUUACAACACCUCCCUGCCCUCUCUGCAUCCAGCACGCCACAGCCCGGCCUCGAAGGUGCUCUCUAGUCCUUGUGCUGCCACACCUGAAGCAGUUCUGCCUCCACUUCCGUCCCACCAGCAGCUCAGUGUGUGCCCCAAUGGCCUGACACCCUUCAGCCAGCAGAGCAUGCAGGGUGUGACUGCAAGUUUCCAGGUGACCGCAGUGGACGAGGGCGCACAUGGACCAAAGCAUCUGGAUCAGCUGAAGGAGAGCAAGCAGUAAUGACCUGCGGAGACAAAUGAACUCACUUUACCUCCCUGAUGGAGGAGGUGCUCCGUCAGCAAUGUUUAUUUUACUUCUGUACAGAAGUCGUCAAGGUCUCAGUGUCUACAAUCUUCACAUUUUAUCCUAAAUGUACCUCCCUUAAAUACCACUAUGGUUUAUUCUAACCUGGCUUUAAUAUUUGUAAUCAUUUUGUUUUUAUUGUGUGUGUGUGUGUGUGUGUGUGUGUUUGUGUUAACAUACUCAAGUCUACAGAUGGUGAUGACAGAUGACAAGAAAUGGAUGAAAAUAGGCUUUUGAACCACCACAGAGACUGAACUUCAUAUUUGUAUAUGUAUAUAUUUCUUACUUUUUCCAUUGAAAAGUAUAGGGUGGAUAUUUUUGUAAUGCUUGAUAUUUUCAUAAGGGACCACUUCUAUUGUAUUCCACUCCGAGGACUCUGAUCUCAAUUUCCUCUACGCAGUCAUGCUAUAAAUUAUGAAAAGUGACUGCAGGUUCUAGCUUCACAGUGCAGGGCUCUGAAUCCAGAAGAGUUCUGUAUGUCUGAGCGUUCUCUGCGGAUUAGCAAAUAGCUGUGUUUUCCCUUUGGUGAGCUACUUUAACCCCGUCAUUGUUAGACUGUUGUCUGAAUAUAACACAGUAGCAAACUCACAUAAAGCUCAUAUUCUAAAAAAGCAGACGGAGGAAAAAGGGACCGGAGAUAAAAACAGAGGUGCUCCCCUGUCACUGUCAUCUUGAAUGUAAAUAAUCUCAUGUGGGAUCGUAUCAUGACAACUCUUUGACUUUUGGUGACUUGAUACACACAGAAUAAAAAAGGAAUGCUGUUCA